AUGGUGGUGUUUGUUGACCUUGAUCACGACACAAUUAACAAGUGUCACUAUUCAAAGUACCCGAAUCCCUUAGUCCAUCCGUAUGGAGAGUCUGGGAAGCCUUCCACUGCCUUAUCAAAGCCGGGGCGUCGCAAUUCUGACUCGUCGUCUUGCUCUGCGGAUAUGGAGACCGACGACGGCGCUUCCACCGAAUCAGCAUACGAUGCUCGUCCGUCAACAUCGGAAAGGGAUGCUCCAAAUCACAACACAUUUUCCGCUGCUUUGAGCUGCUACCCAAUUGUCAAAGAAAUUGCCCAGCUAGUGGAUUUAAACACCCUAGUCUCCUUGACCCAAACAUGCCGCCAAUUCCAUGCCAACUUGUCGCCGUAUCGCCAGCAACUGAUGAAACAGACCCUCCGUUGUGAGAAUGAAUACGUCGAAACAUUAGUGGACUUGUUGAAGAGUGGAACUGCUAUACCUGACAGCGUCAAGUCCGUGCUCCGACUCCUGAGCCAGGGGGCCAUGCAUUCCGGGCGCCUCACUAGUGGCAAAAUAUCAAAAUGUGCCCGGGAUAUGGUAGCGGAGUGCCGAAGAUGCUCGAAGGUCGUGUGUCGGAACUGCACGGCCAAGCCUGCGACAAGUAGCAUGCUUAAAAAUCGUAUCCGUCGUCUUUGCACCACCUGCCGUACGGCACCAUUGGCCGAUUUUCUAGUCCCAUCUCCGAUCGACUCGCUCCAUCACGACCCUCAAACACCGUUAUCACUCGAUCCAUCUAGCUUUACGGCACCCGUAUUUUUACGUACUCCAUGUUCAUGCGUCGAAGCAUUUUGGCUCUGCCAUCAAUGUGGGCAGCGAUUACGCAGCAAUGACACUACCUACCGCCGAGUAUGGACUUGGCGUACCCGCUACAGUACUUAUCUUGGUGGUCUAGGGACUGGGAUUGGUGAAGGAUGCCAGGGGGUCAAAUGCGGUCGCGGAGAGGAAUGUCUGGCCGCCCAAGAAAUCGAAAUGGAAGUGGAAUGUGAAGCGGACGAAUCCGCGGGGAGCUUCUUCGACCACUUUUAUGACAUUGGAUACGGACCUCGUAGGUCCCAUAACCAUUCGAGUGACCGAGGAGAAAAUCGCGACGAGGAGGAACCCGGAUACUUCAGACAGGAAAUUAUUGGAAUAGGUGGCGUCGUGAAACAAAAGGCUAAGAAAAGAGUCACCGUCGGCGCCUGCGUGGUUGAACACGAGGACGAACGAGAAACAGGGCAGUACCUGAUGCGAGAAGAAGAGGGGCAGGACCGAAGUUGGUGUGGAUGGUGCUGGAGAGUCAUUCCCUCCAAAACAGAAAUCUGGACGGGGCCAGCAUCGUGA